AUGGCCCUGCUUAAACAUUUGAGACUUAUCCUCGCCGUCGCCCCUCUAGUCGCGUCCCUUGUGAUCGAUCCCGCGCCUCGGAAUCGGAAUCGGCAGAAGAGAGCUGAGGACAAUGAUGACACGCCUCUGCCGCUUGUGAUUUGGCAUGGCCUUGGCGACAACUACGCAAACCCUGGCCUCCGCCAGGUGGCCGAACUUGCCGAAGAGAUCAACCCGGGCACGCUGGUGUACACGAUCCGGCUGGACGAAGACCCUUCGCGCGACCGGUCAGCAACCUUCCUGGGCAACGUGACGGAGCAGCUGGCACAAGUAUGCGGCGCCCUGGCGGCGCACCCGAUCCUCUCGACUGCGCCGGCUAUCGACGCCGUCGGCUUCAGCCAGGGCGGGCAGUUCCUGCGCGGCUACGUGGAGCGGUGCAACAGCCCGCCGGUGCGCAGCCUCGUCACCUUCGGGUCGCAGCACAACGGCAUCAGCUCCUUCCGCGCCUGCUCGGCCACCGACUGGGUCUGCAGGGGGUCCGUGGCGCUGCUGCGCGGGCGGACCUGGAGCGCGUGGGCGCAGUCCCAGGUCGUCCCCGCGCAGUACUUCCGCGACCCGGCCGACUACGAUAAGUACCUCGAGCACUCCAACUUUCUCGCCGACAUCAACAACGAGCGGGAGGCCAAGAACGAGACGUACAGGGCGAACGUGGCGGCGCUGGAGAACCUGGUGCUGUUUCUGUUCGAGGAGGACACGACCGUGAUUCCCAAGGAGACGGCCUGGUUCGAGGAGGUCAACGGCACCGAGAUCACGCCGCUGAGGGCGAGGAAGCUGUACUCGGAGGACUGGAUCGGCCUGAGGGAGCUGGAUCGCAAGGGCGGGCUGAAGUUUAGGUCGAUGCCUGGCGAUCACAUGCAGCUGUCGGAGAAGGUGCUCAACGAGACCUUCAGGGAGUAUUUUGGGACACUGAAGAAGGCGAGAUCUGCGCCGACUCUCGGCGACGACGAGCUCUAG